AUGUCCGUGCACGUUCUCGAACACGACAAGCCCGUCUCUACCAUUCAACAUGUCGAGGCACAGGACGACAAGGAGGUCGACGCCGCCGACGGCUCGGGGCUGAUGAAAUCGCCCAUCGACCACCUUAGUAUCUAUCAGACACUUUGGAUCUUCAAGCGUGUUGUCAUCUUCAUCAUCCUCGUGUACACUGGCUACGUCUGCGAGGGCUUCGAGCUCAAUGCAGGUGGAACGAUUGUGGCGAACAAGGGCUUCCUCAAGCAGUUUGGCGCACGCGACCAAGAGGGCGUUCGUGCACUCGAUCCCACUUGGCUGUCGACAUGGGGUGCUAUGCUUAACGUGGGCCAGAUUGUCACGUUUACUCACAUCUCUUGGGUUGCCGACCGAUGGGGCCGCAAGACCGCGUUCUACCUGGCGUGGCUGUGGCUCAUGGCGGGCUGCAUGAUCAUGAACUUUGCGACAACUUCGGGUGUCUGGGCUAUCGCAAAGCUCUGCAACGGCGCAGGCAUUGGCGUGCUCCAGGUCGUGUGUCAAGUCUACGUGAUGGAGAUCUGCCCCGACAAGAUCCGCGGCGGCAUGGUCAUCUUCCAGGCGGUCUGGACGGCAAUUGGAGGCAUCAUCUGCAGCAUCAUGAUGCAGCAACUCAACAAGCACUACCCUGAGGACUUCCGUCUUCCCCUCCGUAUCCUGUGGGCACCAAUCGGACUUAUGCUCAUCUGCUGGUCGAUUGUUCCAGAGUCGCCGUGGUACCACGCUCGACGUGGAAACGAGGAGGCCGCGCGUAACGCCAUGCGCCGCCUGUACGGCAACAUUCCAUGGUACAACUAUGACGAGGAGUACGGAAUCAUCCUCCGCACACUCGAGCACGAAAAGGCCAGCCUUGCCAAGAACAAGCCGCGCUUCCGCGACGUAUUCAAGGGUGUCAACCUCCGCCGCACGCUCACGGUCAUGAUUGUCGCUGUCUGCCAACAGUUUGCCGGUCUCGCCAUCAUCAGCACGUACAACACUUACUUUUUCUCCCUUGUGGGGAUGGAGGACCCGUUCCUCGCCACGCUCAUUCUGUCCUGCGUCGCCCUCCUCGCUGUCACCCUUUGGGCGCUUAGUGCGGAUCGCCUGGGCCGCCGCAUGAUUGUCAACAUCUGCCAGACGUGUGUAGUCGUCAUUUGCUUCGUCGUCGGCGCUCUGUAUUACACCGGAGCGUCGAUGGGCAACAAGGCUGCCGGCACUGCCCUCCUCGUCAUCUGCUGCAUCUGGCAGUUCACGUACCAAGCCGUUGCAAUGUGUUACUACCUGUACUCUGCCGAGCUUCCUUCGGCAAUUCUGCGAAUCAAGACUGGACCCAUCACUUUCUUCACCAACUCGAUCACAGGCAUUGCCACAGUCUACGCGACACCGCCUAUGCUCCUCGCUCUCAACCUCCGGGCGGCCUUUGUGUACGGCGCCCUGUCUGUGCCCAUGUGCAUCCUCAUGUGGCUCUACUUGCCCGAGACCAAGUGCAGAUCGGCUGCCGAGAUCGACGAGCUGUUUGAGAACAAGGUCCCCGCGUGGAAGUGGAGCAAGACCGUCACGACGAUUGAGGAGGAGCUGGCAGCCGUUCAGCGUGCGCGCGGGGCGCGGCCCGAGGACGCGUGA